CUGCUGUGCGAUCAACUGCUGCCAACAGAGAAUCGUCUCUUUCAAAGAAAGUGGCAUUCAUCAUUCUUACAGACUUUCUUUGCUGGAUGCCUGUCAUCAUCAUCAGCUUCCUCUCCAUUACUGGAUUCAACGUCGACCGGUCAAAACAAAUUUACGUAUGGAUUGCAGUGUUUGUCCUGCCAAUAAAUUCUUCGAUCAACCCAUUCCUCUAUACAUUCACAACUAUCCACAGCAGGCGUAAAAGUCAAGAUCUAGGAGGCCUUUUGAAGAAUACUUCUCCAAGAAAAACAAAGACUUCUACUGAGAAUACUGAGGACCUCAACAGUGCGGAARAGGYUAAGAAGUCAUCGAAGGUUUGCUACAGAAUACAGCUUCUAGAAAAAGUUGACAUCCAAAGCAGCUGCAACGGAGUGASCUUUUUCAUGGGCAAGGUGAAGUCACGUGAUCGCGAAGAUCUCUCUCUUAUCAAGUACUUCAAUCAAAGCAGGGCGGAUGCCUUUAAGAAAGAGCUCGAUAUCGUUUCUAAGAUCAAAGACCACAAGCAYGAAAACAUCAUUGAAUAUCAAUGGAGUUGUUUUGAAUAG